CAAAAUAUCAGUUUUCAAUCAAAUUCAAACGUAGUUAGUUUUAAAAUGGCACAACUUCAUAUAUUUUCAUUAAUUUUAAUAGUUAUUAGUGUGAAUUCACAGCAGUAUGGUUAUCCUUACCAAACUGGUUACCAAUACCCAGUAUCUCAACCAGAAAAUACGAUAUACCAAUAUCCAAUAAAUCAGCCAGACAAUGCAAUUUACCAGUAUCCAAUUCAGAGGACAAAUCAACCAGAAAAUUCAAUUUCUUGGUACCCGCAAGUUAUUCAGCCACCUAAUCAGAAUAUUGGUUAUGGUUAUGAACAAAUUCCUAUAAAUUAUUAUCCUCAAUCUCAGAAUUAUCCAUAUAAUAAUCUUCAUUAUUAUCCUGUCCAACAAACAAAAGUUAAUGAUGAACCGAAGCAACAAAAACAAGAUCAGCAAAAAAUGGAACCAAUAAAUCUACCAGUGGAUCCAAAAACUUCUGAUAAGUAUGCCAAUGUACCAACAGAAAUAAUCGAUGUGGAUCCUGAGAAUUUUAACAGAAUAAUGCAACGUUUACACGGUCAACCUAGGAUCGUAUCCUACGAAACACGAGUUAGGAAAACCAAAUUGCGACAACCUCAAUACAAAGUAAUAACCGAAACUAAGAAAUCUAAUAAUACUAAUGCACCACAAUCCAUUCAACGGCAUGAGAUUAUUAACAAAAGUUAUUCUUUUAAUAAGACCUAUGUGCUGCAUCCUGGUAAUGACAGAAAGGAGGUAAUCAAUUUGAAUUUCGUUAAUGGAGUGCAAGUUACUGAUUCUCCUGAAAAUUACGAAGAUGGUGCUGAUGAAGCUGCUACGUCUACCGCAGAAAAUGAACUUUUGAGAAAGGCUGGCAAAAAGUUCAUAGACGUACCGGCAGGAUGCGAAGAAGGGGACGGUUAUUCAGCAACAGGUGGAUGUUUUGCUCCCUUUCAUAUGCAUAUUAAUGUUACUGAUAGUACUGGCACUGGUAAAAAUAAUAGUAAUAGUACUACCGUUAGGACUACCUCGAAAACCGUUCAACCCAGAAGACAAUAUGGGGCCCAUUAUUAAAUUUUCGAAUAUUUCGAAAGAAAUUACUUAAUAUUAUCUAUUUUUAUAAGAAAUUAAUUAAUUAAUACAUUAACAGCCGAUUUUUCAAUUGUUUAUAAUACGUCAAUUAGAAGAAUAUGAUGUGUUUUUCAAUUGUUCAUUAAAUUUUAAAUAAAAGUUAACUUUUAAUGGAUAGAAAGGCAUAUUUUAACGAAUUAAUUAUCAGAUUCCAACCUCUAUUUAUUUUUUAAUAGUAGCAAUGGAAUUUGAAAACAUUAUUAUAUAUUUUUGCGAUUAUGGAUUCAAAGUAUGGAAGUAUUCAUUUCUUUCAAGUAUUUUAUGAAAAAUGUCAUACGUCAAAGAUGGAAAAAAUAUUUUUAAUAGUUUAUUUCCAGAUAAUUUAAAUUCCCACUAGCUUUAAAAAUACUGUUGCUACGUAGACGUUUGACAUUUCUUAUGAAAAUCUUGAAAGAAAUGCGUUCACCCAAGUUUAAAUUAUGAUAGAAAUGUGAUUUUUAUCGACUAUGAACCUAAAAAACUAAGUUAAUCAUACUAAACAGAUUUUAUUUUAGUCGCACAAGGGCAACAUGUAAAUAUUCCUCUUCUUAGCUGAAAUUUGAAGUCUAUAAAAAGAUGAAAUAUAACAAUAGCAUAUUUUUAUGUAAAAUAGAACAGUUCUUGUUUUUUUAAUAAAAUGUUAAUACAGGGAGUUUAUAAAUACAUUGCUACAAACCAUAUUUUAUUCAGAAUGUUUGAUAUUUUUCUUAUUUUUCUUUAUCUAACUAAUUAGAAUGUAGAAAGAUAUAAAAAGACAUGAAAAAUUGGCAUUUUUGUGAAUGACAUAGAGAAAGGAUCUUCAUCUUCUUCCACCUUUCGUGACUUAGAAAGAGAUAUCAUCUCUAUCUUCGAAUAUAUUUUUCUAAUAGAUUUAACCGUCAUUUUUUAUAUAAAUCCUAAUCUCUAAAUGCAGUUGUUAAUUAUACACAUUUUCUCCAAUAGCCAGUUGUUUUCAUAGUUUUUUAGAAAUAUAUUUGUUUAUUAUAAUAUAAGUACUGAUAAUGUGUAAAUACUUCGAUAUUUUAGAUAGAUAACUAUAAUUAUUAUAAUACUU